AUAUCUUUUACAUGUCACAGACUCACAGUAUCUUCCCCUAUAAACGACGGUUACUCGCACCAUUCUUCACUUCACACACUUUCUUGUGAUCAUUUCAUUUGUGAGCUUCAUCGAUCGAAAUCAAUGGCGAACCAGACGAUUCUUCUGGAUUACUGGCCGAGCAUGUUCGCGAUGAGGGCUAGAGUCGCGUUGAGGGAGAAAGGUGUGGAGUUCGAGUCCAGAGAAGAGGACCUCACGAACAAGAGCCCUUUGCUCCUCCAGAGUAAUCCAAUUCACAAGAAGGUUCCGGUUUUGAUCCACAACGGUAAACCGGUCUGCGAAUCUCUAAACGUUGUCCAGUACGUCGACGAGGCUUGGUCCGACAAGAACCCUUUCUUCCCUGCCGAUCCUUACGGCAGAGCUCAGGCUAGGUUCUGGGCCGAUUUCGUGGACAAGAAGGUCAGCGAAGCCCAAUUCAAGAUCUGGGGGAAGAAAGGUGAGGAACAAGAAGCAGGCAAGAAGGAGUUCAUUGAGGCAAUCAAGACUCUUGAAUCUGAGCUCGGAGACAAACCUUACUUUGGUGGAGAUAGCUUUGGCUAUGUAGACAUUUCCUUGAUUACAUUCUACAGUUGGUUCGGAGCAUACGAGAAGUUUGGUAACUUCAGCAUCGAGGCAGAGAGCCCAAAGCUGAUUGCUUGGUGCAAGAGGUGCAUGGAGAAAGAGAGUGUGUCUAAGUCUCUCCCUGAGUCUCAGAAGAUUGUUGCAUACGCCGCUGCGUUUAGGAAGAAUAAUCUCGGAUCUGAGUAAAAUUCUUGUUGGUCUCUAGCUUGUGCAUGCGUUCUGUUUCUGACGAAGCUGUGUGUUCUGUUUUUUUUUUUUUAACUUUUGGUUUCUUUCUGUUUUGUGAUUUCCUAAUAAUGUGAGAGAGCAUCAGUGUGUGUGCGGUGGUUUGAAUGGAUCCUUUAUUUUAAAUAAAAUUUGUUUGGGUUUAAGCAUCCGAAUA